UCAACACAUGUAUUUCCACAGAGCAUCUGCAGGACCCUAAAGGUGACUGGUCAGCAGGUGGAUAUUGAAAUGUUCAACUAUGAUGGUUUAACUCCAUUGCAUGCAGCUGUCUUGUCUCACAACGCUGUGGUUAAAGAGCUGAGGACUCUGGGAAAUCUGUGCUCAUAUAUGGCAAAGGAGCUGGCGCAGAGGGCACACAUGUACGUCGAGUGUAUCAAGACUCUCCUGCUUACGGGAGCCUCCAGUGGGACGAAGGAUCAAAAAAGUGGAAGGACGUGUCUUCACAUGGCUGCCGAGGAGGCAAACGUGGAGCUGUUCAACAUUUUUGAAAUCAAUUAG